AUGCAGAGGGCUUCGAUUGAUUUUGGAGAAUUGUUUGCACCCACCAUAUCAGUGUCUUGUGUGCGCUUGUUAGCAGCAUUGGCAUGUGAACAGAACCUUGACUUGUGCCAUUUCGAUAUUCAGCAGGCAUUUGUGCAGUCGGACCUUGAUGAGGAUGUUUUCAUGCGCUUACCGCAGGGGUGUGGUAGGUUAUCUGGCUUGAUCGUGAAGCUAUGCAAGAGUCUGUAUGGUUUGAAGCAGGCAUCACGACAUUGGCAUUCACACCUGACGAGGUAUUUGUUACUUUUAGGUUUUUUGCAGUGUCUGGCAGAUGCGUGUGUUUUUCGAUUGAUGGAGGAGGGACGUGUGAUCAUGAUCAUCGUGGUCCACGUGGAUGACAUUUUUGCUGUAGGGCAGAAGGAGACGUGUGAUCAGUUUGGCAGGGACCUUAACGAGAUGGUACCAGUGACAGACCUUGGAGAGUUGAGGUGGUUCUCCGCGUGCUUUUACGAGAGAGACGUAGAGAGAGGGCUGUUGAGGAUUUCGCAGCAGAGGUUUGCCGAAGAGUUGGCUGCAGAGUACGGAAUUGAGUGGGGGAGGAGUGUGCCCUUGCCUGUGAGCGUGAAGCUCACCGACUUUGACGAGAACGAAGCGUGCGCUGAUGUCCCUUUUCGCGAGUUGGUAGGAUCUCUGAUGUGGUUGGCCACUCAAACAAGGCCGGACAUCGCGAACGCAGUACGAGCAGUAGCGCGGUAUUGUGCAUCUCCCAAGAUGGUGCACUGGAAGGCAGCACUCGGUAUUUUAGGGUACGUACGCAGGACGAGUUGGAUGGGGAUUACAUUUGAGAGGGGAGUGGUGACUGGGAUGAGCAUGCAGGUGUUUGUGGAUGCCGACUAUGCAAGCAAGGCGACAGACCGUAGAUCGGUGUCAGGAGGGCUAGUGAUGUGUGGGGGAGGGUGUGUGACUUGGUUUUCGAGGACACAAAAGUGUGUCACGCUUUCCACCACGGAAGCAGAGUAUGUGGCAAUUGCCGAUGUCUUGAAGGAAGUGUUGUUCCUGAGGCAGGUGUGGCGUUUUAUGUUGCCAGAUGCAGGUAUGCCGUGCAUCCCGGUGUUCGAGGAUAAUCAGGGAGCGAUUCAGAUUGCGCACAACCCGAUCACGAACUCCAACUCGAAACACAUCGAUGUACGACAUCACUUUAUCAGGGAGCUGGUAGAGAGGAAGGAGAUUUCAAUUACUCAUGUGCCGACGCAAUUUCAGCAUGCAGAUUUCUUGACGAAGGCCAUUAGCAAGGAGUCUUUUGCGUUGCACCGUGACGUUGUGAUGAACUUGCAGUGA